AUGGUGACUUAUGGAGUAGUGUUGGAUCUGAAAAGUCAUACUCUCAGUGUUGGAGGUGAACGACUGGAUUUAACCUCGGGACCUAAGGGAAUUAUUCCUGUAGUUUCUAACGUGGUGGUUUCCAAGCGCACAGUGGUUCCACCCCACUCAGUGGUGCACGUUCCUGCUCAGCUAGAAAGAGAAAUGAAACAUAAUGUGAUAGAACCAUGUAAUGAGGACUUGCCAAUUUUGAUACCAAGGUGUCUGUACAAGAAUCAAAACAAGCCAGUGGUGUGUUUAGUGAAUGCAUCAGAUAGGUACUUCACUAUUAAAAGUAAUACAGUAGUAGGGAGAGCAGAAGAUGUACAAGAUACAGAACAGUUUGUAAGAGCUACAUGUGUAACAGAAGCAAGUGGUGGGGAAAGUCCUGUUCCUGAGGAGCUCACCCAACUGAUUAACAACAUCACAACUAAGCUAUCGAGUAAGGAAAAACAAGAGCUCAGAACUUUGCUGCUAGAAUUCCGGGACAUAUUCUCCACAGAUGAGUUUGACAUUGGUACAUUUAAGAAAGUUGAGCAUAGUAUUGAUACAGGGGCAGCGCAGCCAAUCAAACAGUGA